AUGAAAGAUACUGAGGGACCAAAUAUUGGAAAAACAAAAAAGAAAAGGAACGAUGGUACGGUUAAGGUUCAACCUCUAGAGGGUGAAAUUCAGGAUGCACAACCCUCGAGCCGUUUCAACGCUGUAAUUGAGAAGAUUGAGCGCUUGUACAUGGGCAAGCAAAGCAGUGAUGAGGAAGAACUUGAUGAUAUCCCAGAUGAUGAUCAAUACGAUACUGAGGAUUCAUUUAUUGAUGAUGCUGAAUUGGAUGAGUAUUUUCAGGUUGACAAAUUGUCAACCAAACAUAACGGAUAUUUUGUCAACAGAGGGAAGCUGGAAAGGGUAGAACCUAGUUCAUCACCUAAUCUGGCGCCAAAGAAUAGAAAACGAAAAGAUUCAAUAAAAGUCAAUGCUGAAACUUGCCGUGAACAUGUUACAAGUGAUGCAAUGGUUAAGGGCAAUGUACGGAUGAAAGCUGCAGCAAGAAGUGCACCUUUGAUGGAAAAGAAAUUAGCAAGUCCCGAUGAAAUGCAGACUGCCUAUGAAGAAUAUUAUCAAGAAAGGAAGGUUUUGAAAAAUAAAUCAAAUUCUUUUACAGGGAGCUAUAAAAGAAGGUCUGCGGAUUCUAUGACCAAUUUAAAAAAUACUUCACCUGUCAGAAUAUCAAAAGAUGUUUCAUCGCUAUCAUCUGAAUGGAAGGAUCUUGACAAGCACAAGGCAGGGGUUCUAUUGUCUCGGGACCUUUCACACAAAUCAAGACUAAUAAAUGAAUCAGUUGAAAGUGCAUAUCACUCGUCUCGGGAUAGAGCUGUUUCUUCUCAAGCUGAAUCACAAUCCAGGAAGUCCAUAAAUUGUGAAAAUGAAGCCGAAGUAUCUACCAAAAUACGUAGGAAGGAAAGAUACAGAACUGAUGUAUUUCCUAUUACAGAUUCUGCUGUGGGUGCAUAUCCUAUGCAAGCAGCUCUACCUUCAUCUAGGCGGGUGAAGGACGGUUCUGCUCUACGACCUAAAGGCACUACGCUAGAGAGGGCCAUUCGUGACCUGGAAAAGAUAGUUGCAUUAUACAGACCACCAAAGCUCGAUAUCCAAGAAGCUGAUAACUCAUCCCAACUAGUGAAAAGGAGGUUGCCUCAAGAAGUAAAGCAGAAGCUUGCUAAAGUUGCUAGGUUAUCGGCAAGCCAAAAUAAGAUUUCGGAAGAUGUCUUAAUUGAUCGGCUUAUGGGUAUUGUUGGACAUAUAGUACAGCGCACUACAUUGAAGAGAAAACUGAGAGCACUCGUUGAAUCAGGUCAAUCAGCAAAACAGGAGAAAGUUGACAGAUUCCGACAAAUAAAACAGGACGUCAAUGAAAUGAUAAAGACACGUCUAUCAUACUUGAAGUCCAUGAUACCUGAGCGGCAUGAUGGUUCUGCUGAUGAUUUUCAAGAAGUAAAUGGCGGCGAUGAAAAGAAAGCUCUAAGAAAGCAUGGUAUGGAUUUUGCAUUGGAAGACAAGAUAUGUGAGCUCUAUGAAUUGUAUGUUGAGGGGAUGGACGAUGACAAACAUCCUCAAAGCAGGAAGAAGCUCUAUCAAGAGCUCGCCGAGUUGUGGCCAAAUGGUUAUAUGGAUAGUAAUGGGAUUAAAGAUGCUAUAUUCAGAUCAAAGGAGCGAAGGAGACAAAGAAUUUAUAGAGAUAAGGCUCGUGAAGAGGAAAGGAUCAAGAGGAAGAAGCUGGCUGCUGCAUCUAGGGCAGAGGGAACGAGUCUUGGUGCUCAAGCAAGACCAGCCACAGAGUCUACUGCUGUAGUACUUGGGCCUCAAGAAAAGAAUACAGCCGAUCAGCCUGUUUCAUCUUCAGUCAGAACUCUUGAACCAUCAUCAGUAUCAAGUGAUGCUGUACAUCAUCAUAUAUCCAAGCACCAUGACAAGGCUCGACUAAGUAGUAGCACCACGAACAUGAUUCUAGGCGACGGAAGCAAAAUAAUUGUUGCAGAUGCAAAGAAAAAGAUGAAGAGGAAGCCAGAAUUAGACUUAGGAGAAAUCCAUGCUCAUCCAACGAAACUCCCCUCACAGCUAGGAAAGGAGAAGCCCAGUUCUCAUAAGCAAACUGAGGAUCUCAAUGCAGUUGACAAGCUUAAACCGAACCUUAAUUUACCUGCUGCACCGGUUUCAUCUGACCAGCAGAGCUAAUUCUAGAAGCAGGAUUAGAUGGACGUACGUGUUUCUUCUUUGUUUAUUAUGCCCUCUAAUGUAAGUUUAGAGGUAAGUAAUAUAUGGUCUUCAUGCGCUGAAGUUAUUAGACGGAUUCAUUGUGAGCAUUUGCUUUAUAUUGCAGAAGUUGCGUAAUGUGAAAAUGCAGUUUGCUUAAUCAUUAUUUAAAGGAUUUAAUGCGGGGCAUCGGUGAUGCCUUCGUUCAUGGCAA